AUGGCUACCACCACCAUGGCUUUGCGAAGCAAAGCUGGAGUCUACGUCGGCGCCGCUCUUCUGCGGCUCGUCCUGACCCUUGUCUUUCCAGAACUUCCGGACCUGCUGACGGGUCGCGUCGAGAUCUCGACCCCCGUCACGAGCUUCAAGAGACUGCAAGAAGGUCUGUUUCUGUAUAAUCACAAUGUCUGGCCGUACGAUGGAGGCGUCUACCACCAGGCGCCCCUACUGCUCCCCGUCUUCUCGCUGCUCCCCGACGUCAAGAUAUGGCCCAUCUUCACGUCCAUCGUAUACAUCCUGGUCGAUAUUCUCGCCGCAGAUGCCCUCGCACGGAUCGCAGACUCCGGCGAGGCUGGCCAGUCGAGGCUAUUUUCAUCUCCGCGGCGGGCUAACCGUGCGACGGGACCGCUCGUGGCCGCGGCCUUCCUUUUCAACCCCUUUACCAUUGCGACAUGCAUAGGACGUCCGACCAGCGUCUUCACAUCAUGCGCCAUCCUGCACGCCAUCUCGAGGGCCAUCCAUGGCUCGCCCUUCAACGCCAUGAUGGCCCUGUCCUUUGCGUCCUACUUGUCCAUGUACCCGCUACUCCUCCUGCCACCUCUCAUACUGCUGGCCUAUGACCGACAACUGGAGACGCGACGUACAAACUCGGUCGCCAUGUUCACGGUCAAGUGCGUCACCAUCAUGGCCGGCUGUCUCGCAGCAUUGCUUGUCAUGUCCUUUGCCGUCACGGGCAACUCGUGGGGGUUUCUCGCCCGUACCUACGGCAUCCAGCUCACGCUCUCCGAUCUGACGCCCAACGUCGGGCUGUGGUGGUACUUCUUCAUCGAAAUGUUCGAUUCCUUUCGCGCCUUUUUCCUCGCCGUUUUCUGGCUGCAUCUGUCGGCCUAUGUCGGAGGCCUCUCCAUCCGCCUGCGUCGCCAACCCCUCGUCGUCCUGACGAUUCUCCUAGGCAUAUUCGCCAUCUUCAAACCGUACCCGUCCAUCUCCGACACCAGCCUCUUUCUCUCUCUACUACCCCUAUACUGCCAUCUGCUGCCGCUCAUGCGCUACACCUUUGUCGCAUCGGCAAUCAUCCUGUACACCACCUUUCUCGGUCCGGCCUUUUACCAUUUAUGGAUCUACGCAGGCAGCGGCAACGCCAACUUCUUCUACGCCAUCACCCUCGUGUGGAGUCUAGGCCAGAGCUUGCUCGUGUCCGACCUGACAUUUGCCGUGCUGCGAGAUGAAUGGGAGCUCGAGAGACCUGAAAUGGUCGGCAAGGAGGUCAAGCAGAUUUAG